GACCCGAAGAACUUCCGCGAGGCGAUGAGGGACCCGCGCUCAGAGAAGUGGAAGCAAGCCAUCAGAGAAGAGAUCGAGGCGCUGGAGCAGAACGGCACGUGGAAGCAGGAGUAUGGGGUCGACUAUACGUACACCUUCUCUGCUGUGCUCGACAUGGAGUCGGGCAAGAUCAUCUUGGUGGUGUCGCACAUCUGGAAGGUUCCCGCGCGCCACGGAGACGUGCCCGGUGCGUACGUGAAAGCAAAGAAGGAGGAAGAGCUGGUCAUCAUGCUCGUCAUCCCCACCGGAAUGGAGUUCACGGAGGAGCAGCUCCGUGCGGUGGGCGUCAAGACCAAGUACGAACUGGCGUUGUUGCUCGAGAAAGGGCUCUACGGGCUCAAGCAGUCGGGCAGGCUGUGGAAC